CAGCUUGUCACAUGGUACAAGGCUGUUGUGAAUAGCCUUGUACCAUGUGGCCUCUGUGAUCAUUCACAGAUUUCACACAUAGUAAGCAAUGAUGUCACAAGUGACAUCUUGCUUACUACUUUGCAUGUGAUCACUGAUUGGCCAAUCAGUGAUCACAUGAUCGGGACCUCGUACAGAGGUCCUGUCCGACAAUCACGUUUACUACUGUGGUCAGCUGUGAUUGGCCACAGCUAAUCACAUUGUACAGACGGGCUGUGAUUGGCCCUGUUUGUACCAUGUGAUCACUGUGACCAAUCACAG